AUGCAUAAUGUGCAACAUUCUGAAAUGAGAAAUUCCAUAUGUUCAGAAAGUCAAAUGAAAUUAAAUCCUUUGAUCACAAUAAGUCAUGAAUCCAUGACAGGAGUUAAACCGGACUCAUCUACAACAUCAUCAUCGUUAACACCGUCUCAUUGGCAGAAUAAAUAUGAAUGCAAAUCCGUAAAUUAUCAUCGUUUAAUGGGCAGGAAUUCUCAAUCUUCACCAGUCUGUUUGAAUCAAUCAAUCAGUAAUAAUACUGACAAUGUUAGUGACAAUAAAAUUAACGAUAAUAUUAAUGAAAUCAGUAAGGAUGGUGCAAAUGAAAAUUCCAAUGUCAACAAGUUACAUCCAUGCAACAAUUCAACUGAAUUGGACGUCAUGGUUCAAAAUCAAAUUCUUGAUCUGCCAUACUCAGAAAAUCUGACUUUAGAGGAAACAAACCGACGAAUGUCAAUCUAUUCACAAACAUCUUGUUUACAGCAAAUUAAUUCAUUCCAACAUCACAAUAAUACACUUUUAAAUAUUUCUAAAAUUCCGCCAAAUCAAAUAUUUAAUAAUUUAAACAAAUCCCUAUCUCCUGUACAAAGAAAACAAUUUCAUUCAGAUACAGUCAAUGAAUUAAGAGAUGAUAGUGGUCUGGAGAAUGGAAAUAUAAAAGAUAUUACCUAUCCUAAAUAUGGAAGUCAUCAUCUGUCUGCGAUAGAAAAACUACAAGCAAUUACUCAGUCAAGUGUUGCUGCUGCUACUACUGCUACUACUCAUACAAAUAUCAGUAGUACAUAUUCUAAUCUGGAAGAUUUAAACUUAACAUAUGAUGAUGAUAGUACAGGACCAUCUUCAAAUAUUUCGUCGAAUGAAACAAACUCAGAAUAUUUAAAUUAUGAAAAGUGUAAUAAUAUUAUUCAUGACAAUAGUGAAACUACUCCCAAUAGUAAUAUAAGUAAUACUAGUAGCAGUUGUAAUAUUAUGAGUAGUCAUAAUACACCAGAAGGGGGGAAAUUGUCAUCAGGUAACGCGUGUAUGAAACAAAAACGCCAUCGUACUCGAUUUACACCGAAUCAACUGAAUGAGCUGGAAAGGGCAUUUUCAAAAACUCAUUAUCCUGAUAUUUUUAUGCGGGAAGAAUUAGCUCUACGUAUCGGUCUGACAGAAUCACGUGUACAAGUAUGGUUUCAAAAUCGUCGAGCCAAAUGGAAAAAAAGAAAAAAGUCUGGCGCUUCAUUUCGUUUAUCAAUCAACAGUUCGUCUUUUGCAAAAAAUACAGUCUUAACAACAGAUAAUCCCACGAAACUUGCUGUAAAUGAUGAAAGUGCAUAUCGUAAAAUCAAUAAUCUUAAUGCUAAUAUUAAUUCAUAUACACAACAGCUAGAAUUAACACCGCAGACAGACAGUCCAGAUUGUUUAAACUGUCCAAAACUUGAAUCAAACCCUGCAAAUAAUUUAUCUCUACAAAAUGCUACUACUUAUUUCGGUAAUAGUAGUUCAAAUGGAAAUCCAUUGUUAUUUGAACAUUCACAGUUAAGCACUAGAAAAUUGCAAACAAAUUCAUAUCCAUUUUUCUCACAAUUAGAACAUAUUACAAAUAAUGUGAAGACAAAUACUUAUUUUACUGAAUCAAAUCCUUUAAAUCAUUUCGAUCAAAUUUUACAACAACGUUUAGGAUUAUCACAAACGCAUAAUAUAUCCGAAGUAAAUUCUGUGAAUCAGAUUGGCAGCCGAAAUGAUGAUCAACACUUUAAUACAGUUCAAGGUUGGCAUAGGAAAAUUGAUUCCCUACUUACAAGACAACUUAAUUCUAUUCAUGAAAGUUAUCAAGAAAAGAAAACUUCACCGUACGAAUCAAAUUUAAUUUCACCAUCUAAUUUCUCAGAGCAUUUAAAUGAAAUCACUAGCACCGGUAUGCAUUCAGAAGGCGUUCAUCAAAAACUUCAAAAUUCUCCAAACAUACAAACUACAGAUUUAUCUACACGAGGCAUAACAGCAAUACAAUCCAGUCUGUCAACAACAUCAUCUAAUAUGAUGUCAAAUUCAAUGUCAACAGAACGAUUGAAUAAUUUUUUAAAUUCACAAUCAUAUCAAACAAAAACUAACUUUUUGUGA